AUGGCCGAGGUUGAGAGCUUUGCAGACCCUGGCCUGUUCUUGGGUCGAUGGGUUCGUUCCAACUUCGAAGAUGAACCGAACGGCUUCCAGCGCUUUCUCUGCAGCCUGGGCGUGCCGGAUGAAGAGGCUGCUCGGGACGCCUUGGAACAGCAGGUGCUUAUCUUUGUCUCAGCCACGAAGGAUCAGCUACGACUCGUUCAGCAACACAGCUGGAGGGAAGGUUUGCAGGUCGACUACAUCCUUACGAUGAACGGCAAGAAGCAUAAGAGGCCGCUGCAGGUGCCUCGCAUCGGAGCAAGCCAAGAUGAGUGGCGCCAUUUCUGGACAACACGGGGAUUCUGCACCGAGCAAGUCGUGUCUGUUCAGGGUGAAGACAUGUUGUUGAAAAUGUGCAGCAGCUUCGUCACAGCGAAUGAGCUAAGAGUGGAUUAUACUCUGCACCAGAUGCCUGGUGGAGAGGCGGCUAUGCAGGCCUCCCGGUUCUUUGAGCGUUCUCCAUUUAUUGAGCGGUGGAAGGCAGCUGCCUGUCAGUUUUUCUCGGGCGUGGACGUGGAGUUCAACCUGAAGACGUGUAUAUCCUGGAUGAGGAAGGCGAAAUCAGAAGGUGCGCACCUUGUUGUCAUGCCUGAGAACUCGAAUCGCGACAGGACGUAUUUCAAGGAUGGCAAGCCAAGCAGGGAGCUUUGCUGGGAGCAUUCGGAGACCCUAUCUGGGAGCUUCGUCACGGGCAUUCGCAGGGCUUGCCGGGAAAUUGGGAUUUGGGCAUCCUUGGGGGUUGAUCUCCGUGGACGGCAGAAGCCAACUGUUCACAUUGGAAUCUUGCUCAUCUCGCCGUCUGGAAACAUCGUUGGGGCGGUGAAGAAGCAUGUCCUUUGGGACUAUGAGUACACCCUUUUUGAACCGGGCAGUGAGCCCUAUCAGGUUUUCGACACCGAAUUGGGACGACUAGGCGUUCUUUGCUGCGCGGACGGGAUUGUUCCUGAAGCGGCGCGUGUGCUUUGUCUGAAGGGUGCCCAGGUUCUUCUGAACUCUUUGAACAGCCGUGGACCCGAUGAAAUGAGACUGCACAUUCCACUACGUGCAUUGGAGAACGGGGUUUGGCACGUAGCCUCCAACACAGUGGGCAACCCGAACACUGUGGGCCUGCUGUGGCCGUGGACAGGAGGCUCUGAGAUUUGUGAUCCUUCAGGUCAGAGGGUUGUGGCCUCAGAGGAGCAUGACGACAUGGUCAUUUCGGACGUAAUGCCCUGGCAGUCUGAGCUCAAGGAGAGCAGCUGGGCUGACCUGUGGGCUUUUCGCCGUCCCGACUUGUACGAGCCGAUGCGGCUACCCCUGGAGUCGGUGCCGGCUGCGGUGAUGUAUGGCCCUGCGCCUGUAGAACCUGCUGCUUUGCCCUUUGAGGGCCCCGCCGUCUUGAAGGUGGCCAUGAUGCAGCUGAGCGCGACGCACACUCGGCAGUGCACCGAGUGGAUGACCCAGCGACAGGUGUCCUACGCCGCCCGUCGGGGAGCUGCGCUGGGCGUUCUGCCGGCCCUCUGGUGCUUCCGUCGCAACGAGGUCCAAAAUGAUCCUGCGGAAGCUGCCUCCUACUCGAGCGAGAUCCUGAAGAAGGUCCAAGGCUGGUGUAAGGACAGUAAUUUCAACCUUUGCUGCAGCCUUGUUGAAGAAGAAGCAGGCAUCCGUUUUCACACCGCCUAUUUGGUUGGAGCGGAUGGGUCAGUGCUACUGAAGUACCGAAAGACCCACUUGAAUCGUGCGGAAAGCUCUUGGGCUUCUCCGGGUGGCUGCAUAGUGGUCGAGACACUCCCUGGGUUGGGACGUGUGGCUAUGCUCAUCGGUGACGAAGUCUGGAGCCCUGAGCUCUCACGGUGCAUUGCGCUGCAAGCUGCGGAGGUUGUGCUCCACCCCACCGAUUGGGACAGGAGCGAGGCAGCUGAGAUGGCAGCGACGGAGCGCGCGACCGAGAAUCGCUUUCACCUCGUUUCCGUCAACCGGCUUGACAGCCCUGGGCGUGUGGGAUCUCAGACGACCCUUGCGGGGGAGUACAUCGGCGGUGAGCCGAUACCGCUCAUGCGAUAUGGCCAGGGCAUUUGGUGCCGCUUUGGUGUUGAAGAACUCAUCGUUGUAGACCUGCUGCGACGACAGCCGCACUGCAAGAUGAUGGGAGACCACCUCGAUGUUCUGCAAAAGCGCUGGCCGAACCUGUGUGAAGUGUGCUGCGAGCCGCAACGGAGUCUUCCAUGCUGGCGUGAGAUUACGGACGUUCUUCCUGGUCAGUUCCGGGAUAAGUGGCAGCACAACUUGCAGGACCAUGUUGCAGACACUGCGGCCGGAAGAUGUCGCUUCGCCGACGAGUUCGGGACCUUGUGA